AUGACCGAGGAAAAAUCUCAAGUCGUAUCGUUGGAGGAUGAAAUUGACCAUGAAACCCUGGGUAAAAUCCAGGACCGCCUCGCUCAUAUCAUGCGUCUCUGGCAAUCCGGGAAGCCAUUCUUCCCUCGUGCCUUACUCGAGGACCUGAACCGCCAGAUAGACGCCGGACAUGACGAGGUGCAUAUUCAGGACUUGGACGAGGUGCCUCAGACCUACAGUCUGAAAGUUCCUGCAUGGUGUGCUGAUUUUGCAAAUACCUACCGCAUCAACUACUCCAGCAUCCAAUACCUCGGCCAUUUGGCGCCCAUCUGUCCCGAACUAGCCCUGCGCCACGAUCACACCCCCGUGUCAAUCGGGUAUACACGCGCGCCUCCCCUGUCGACCUGUACAUUGGAUGAGGUGCGAGUCCGGUUCAGCCAGACUCGUCAUCUCUGGAUGGAAAGUACCACGCGACGAGAUCUGGAACAUCAUCUAUCGACGUUGACGUUGAGCGUGCCCGUGAACAAGAUCGUGUGUUUCGCUCUGGGAUCGCUCGCAUCGCGCAGUGACUCCCAUCCAUCCGGGAGCAGCGACGAGGACUGGCAUGUAACGCGCGCACAUGCCCAGCAUGCCGCUAUCGAGAGUAUGGUGUCCGUUCUGAGCGCGAGGGGAAUGGUCCAGUCUGAAGGUGUGAGGUGUUUCGCGCAGGACCCGGCGUACGAUGCUGUCGAUAAGGAGUUUCUGCGUGAGAUUGGAAUCGUGGUGCUGGAGGACCCUAAGGGGUUUCUCGAGGUGGAUUCAAACACGCUCGUCUUCUCUGUGAGUCCUAAUGUGCCUGUCAAGCAGAUCGUCGCGGACCUCCAGUGGCCGGCGGCGAUGGUUUGGAAUACUGUGUCCUUGGCUGAGAAGGAAGAUAAGACGUGGGUGAGGAAUGUCAAAAAGAACGGGGAGGUGUAUUGGACUAGUCCCUUUACUACGGAUCCGGACUGUGCGCGCGUGGGGAAUAUGGUGAAAGGAUAUGCCAGGGCGACGUUGAGUGAUGCGGAUGAGCUCUUUGGUGAUAUGACUAUAUACACGAAGUGA